AUGGAGCUCGUGGCUUUGACCGUGGUAGGGCUCAGGCCUAGAGGAUUACCGCUUGUCUUCGUGGACAAAAAGGCAUUCGCGGAGAUUGAAACCCGGGCUCGAACACAGCACAGCUAUAGCCUCUUGGAACAGCAAACGGCCCGACACACUUUCCCAAACCGUCGAAAUCCCGUUCAGGACGAUACCCAUGAAGUGCUACUGGAGUGUGCAAAGGACGACUCGUGCUAUGGUCAUUCACGCUUGGCAUCGGACUACACACUACUGGACCAUGGCCCCUGUUUCGUCCCCAACACCAAGUACAUGCCAGCCAACAUGCCCAAUCAGGAUCGCACCGUUGAGGAGAAUGUUCUCCACUGCCAGUCGCGCUGUGCUAAGACGGCUGGCUGCGCUCACUUCACGUAUUGGCCGAACCGUGGCUGCCACCUUCAGAGCAUGGAGGCUCGGCCUGAGUUUGCCUCCCGGGUCACCGCUGGUCCUCCAGACUGCCAAGAAGGCGUUAGAAUGAAGACCUGCUUCCACGAAAACACCAAGUUCGAGCCGGUGAACAUGCCAGGACAGCGGCGCACGCAGGUGGGCUCGGUCUUGGAAUGCCAACAGCGCUGCCGCCAGACGGAAGGUUGCGAGCACUUCUCCUUGUGGCCCGACGGUGGCUGUCACAUUCAGGAUGCCAGUGCCUCCGAGGUUACGGCACGGCACAUCAUCUCCGGGCCUCGUAACUGCAUGAAGUCCUUCCCGACGAGGCUGCUGUUUGAUGAAACCGCCCUGGCUCACCUCGAAGAUGAGGAGACGGCCGACGACGACGACGGCGACGGCGAGAAGACAUUGGACGAGCCAGAAAGCGAUGUUCUCGGCGUCGCCAGCAGCGACCCUGAGAGCGACCUGGUGCCACAGCCUCGGGCAGUUGCUUUGAUCCUUGCGGCUUCGCAGUACGUCGUGGAGGGCUUCUUGGAGGCAGAGGACUUCGAGCGGGAGGUCCACGGCUGCAACAUCACCACCGUGAAGGAGGCAGAGUUUGAGCAACUCCGGCAGAUGAUCAAGUUUCUGCGCAGGGAGGAGCUCUGUCCAUCGGAUGAGCCACACCACCCCAAGGUCCCGGACCCGCUAAGCACUGAUUGUUUGGUGCCGGACGGCCCCUGGGAGCAACGAGUGCUGUCGCGGAUGGCCGUCAUCCAGCGGAUCAAGCUUGAGAAGGAGGGCGCCCCAUCCUUGCAGGAAUGUCACUGUCCCGAGCCUGCUAGCGAGCUGCUGACCACUUCGAAGCUCCUGGAAGUGGUGGAGAAUCAGGACAUCGCGCGAAGCCCUUUGAUGAUGCGCGACGCGGCAAGGCAGGUCUGCACGGAGAAAGGCCAAGACAGCGGCGUCAGCCUUGCGGUGGUGUUCAACAACGCUUGCUCUGUUGGGAAACGCGGCUACUGCUGCGAGGCCCGCGACCUCCGUUGGUCUGCUGCGCCGCUGAGGCUGCGAGGCGAUGAGCUCGCAGAGGAGAGCCUGGUCCACCUCAUGGGCCUUGCGGAAAGCCUCCGGUCCGACAGCGAGAAGAUCUACUGGAAGUUCUUGCGAAAGCUGGAGGACUGGAAAUGGCUCUCCAACGAGCAGAAGGUGAUGUUUUACAAGCUGUACAUCAUCUACUAUCAUCACGUGCGCUUGGCCAUCGAACGUCAGCAGUAUUGCAUGCUGAAUCCCGAGGACCUCACAUCCUGUGAGGACCCGAUGAACCUCUACUUCUCCAUCAAGGUGGUCCGGAACGAAAUUCUGCAGUCACAUCGUGCCCUCUUCGAGUACGGAAGUUGUCUGCAGUUCGGCACCCGAACGAUUGCUGCCACGGUUCGCGGGAGGCCCGUGGCUGCCAAAGUGCGAGGCAUUGCCGGCAUUCUCUUUCGAAGAGCCGUUCAUAUCCUGGGCACAGGGCAAAUCCAACGCCGAGUGCACAGAGCGGCCCUCCAGCUUGCCCGCUCCGCGUGGACGCACCGCUUCGAGCUCAUCCUGGUCAGUCUCGUCCUUGGUGCCGGCCAGCCGCUUAUGCAGGCACUCACAGCAACCGGUGUGUCAACCGGAGCUGCAACGAGUUGGACCCUCAUUCUGGAGCAGUUUAUGCGAAACAUGUUCGUCCACGUCGGCUGCCCGAUCCUUUCUUCCCCGCUUCUUAUGGCCAUGUUGCUCCGCUGGUCGAUGAACAGGAUCGUGCUGACGGAGUUCUUCAUCGAACACGCGGUGCAGCCUUUGUGGGAGAUGGCGAAGAAAGCCUUGGGGCCGGUGGCCACGUUCCUGCAGAUCAACAAGGAAAUCUUCCGGACCUCGGCGGAUGUUCUGAAGACAAUUAUGCGGGCUGUUCGAUUGAGACAAGAUCCAGCUCAGAGCAUCGAGACCAACUCGACCUCAGAUGAUAGGCAAUCGUGGAUAGAAGCCGCACGGGAGUUCCAUGCUACAGCUGCUGCUGACGUCUUUUACGCCUUCCUCUCCGUGACCUUUGGCGCUGCCUGGCGGGCCUUGGCAACAGCAGCUUGCACGGUGGCGAAGCUGGCUUUGCCGGUGGUGAACGGCGCGGAGGCUGGAAUCAACGCCGCCGCCGGUUACACUGCCACGGCGUGGCAGCGACUGGCCACCGCUGUCUCAGGGCUGCUGAAGAAGGGAACGAACGACGUGAGCCUUCCUUUCGUAAAGUCCAUGGCCGCUGAGGAUGCCAAGGUAAAGGAUGCUGCGAAGAACAUUCCAAGCAAGACCCUGGCUGUGGUUCACACGCUUCUGGGAAAAGGCUCCUUGACCAUGGCCACAAGCAUUGACAAGUCCCUGGACCUCUUCGCCAAAGUGCUGGACAUGAUCGGCCAGAGCACCAUCUUCGUCUACGGCCUCUCCAGUGCCCUGUCCUUCGCUGUGCUGCGUGUCUGGCAGCCCGGGCAGGGGGAUUUCAGCAGCGACCAGCUGAUGGCUACUUCCCUCAGCGCGAAGCUGGACGAGGUCAACGCAGAUGCUUGUCGGGGCAAGAAGCCAGGUUCUUCCUGCGUGUUCCUGCAGUUUGCCGGCUUCAGUAAUGAGACCGUGGCCCACGGGGUUUGCUGCCGCGGUACCUGUGACGUUGAGCCCUGCACUGCCGGUGCGGAAGAGGUUGCAGCUGAACAAGAGUUCGCCGUGCAGAACGUGUCACUUGGUCACCUGCGCCGCCAAUCCAAGUUCCUGUACGGCUUCAUCAAUCUUGCGCGAAAGUCCUACGGUGGCUUCUGCAGAGACCUGGACGAGUAG